UAUCAAUAAAAACCUAAUAAAACUGCCCUAGAGUAACAACGCGUUAGGUCACAAUGUAUCGCGCCCAUGGCAUCUCCAGCCUUCCUUGUCGGCCCCAACAACCCCAUUUCUCCUGCUCAAGUAGUCUAGAAUCACUAUUGCCAAUCAUAAAGGCUGCUCUCUCCAUGCAGUUCAAAAUCAAUAAGGACAGAGAAGCUCUGUUUGAGGAAUUAGUCCGCAGGGGAGAAGACUCUCUAGCAGCCGCAGGAGCAGGAGCAGGCCAAGAUAAGAUAAAGGUUAGAGGCAAGCUCCUCAGCAGCAAAGGGAGCUCAUCACUAAGUAUAUUAGAUAAAGUAUCAGGCUCAGGACAACAGACAGGAACCACAGAAACAACUUCUCACUGUGCUAGAGCAGGAGGAGCAGAUUUUUUAGCGCUAGGAUACACAGGCUCCUUAGGCUUCUCCGACAGGCCUUGCGCCCUCGCCCGCGGCUGCUCUGGCCCUCUAAUUUGGGCCCAUCGUCGUCCUGUUACUCCAAAAAAGCGCCAAGAACAGAAGAAUUUGUUAAUAUAUCCAGAAUUCUGGAAAAAAAGAUCCGAGGAACGCCAAGAAAUGCCCCGAUUUUUGCAUACAAUAGAGGCACAACCAAGUCGGCGGAAAGUUGAAAAGGUCAUCGUGCUUUACCGAAUAUCUCAUGUUGCCAACAUGUCUCCUACCAGCACUCCAACCAUUAAUUCGAAUCCAAGGCAGCACUGCUACCAGCGAUGCAAGAGGAACCUGGAUUUUACCUCUCAUGAUAAUUGCUUACCGGUGGCAAUGACCUUGACUCCUAUGAUCGAAGACACGGAACUCGAUAUGCUUAGCGACUAUAAACGGUCCCUAGCUUUUUGUUGGUACGACCUGCAGCUCAAUGACCUAAAGGAUCUAUUAUCGCACACACUUACCCCCAUCCCCCAAUCUAUUCAAUUUCUAACUCUCAAAUUGGCCAAUGCUCUGCUACGGCGUCCCCCACUCACGCUCUCCCGCCACCACAAUGUACCCCAUGAUAUCAUUCCAGUCAAGCGUCAGACCGAGUACUGGUUCGCUUCAUUUUCGCCAGCUUCCGAGAAACACCUUUUCAGCCAAAUUUCUAAUGGAUGA